UAGGAUAGCAACUUAUCGAUCAAACACGCGUCAAAUCUCUGACAAACACACAAACAAACCCAAACAAAUAAAAUGUCGCAAACAGAAGACGAAGCGGAAGAAAUCUCGGAAGACAACGAAGAACAACGAACAGAAAGUGGCGAAGAAACGGAAGAAUGGCAGGAGGAAAACUCGCAAGCCACGGAAGUUCAGGAUUACAGAAUCGACGAUGGAGGGGAGGGAGAUUACGUGGAUUACGACGGAUUACAGUGGGUGAAAGCUGAUUGGGGGGAGGAGGGUUUCGAGCCUCGUAAAGAUGACGUCGGGAGCGUGGAAAGUGUUUAUAAUUCAGCUGAUUUUAUUUCCAAACCUAUACUUUCUGAGGGUGGAACUAUAUCAUUGGAUAUACUACAAUUUGACUUUUCCUAUGGGUAUAACUGCAGAAAAUACUUUAACAUGUGCGUGUUGGACGAUGACAAUUUAGUUUUCGAGUCGGGGAAUUACCUGCACUUUUUUAAUGUCGAGACCAAAGAAAUAUGGUUCCGUAGAAGUGCCUUGGGAGGUGGAAUAGGCCAUAUAAGGAAAAACCCUAAAAAAGCAUACCAGCACCUAGCAGUAGCAGAGUGUGGGAACAAGCCCAUAAUAAUCAUCUAUGAGUGGCCCACAAUGGAAAUUUUCGCUGUUUUACGCGAAGGCACCACGAGAAGUUACACCCAUAUGGAUUACAGCCCUGACGGACUUUUAUUGGCCUCGCAGGGCGGCGAACCAGACUACAACAUUACGGUGUGGGACUGGCCCAAGAAGAAAAUUUUACUGAGAACCAAAUCGUACGUCAACGAUGUUUACAGGGUUAAUUUCUCUCUGUUCGUUCCUGGACAGUUGAUAACCUGCGGGGUGGCUCACAUCAAGUUUUGGAAGAUGGCGGACACAUUUACUGGGUUGAAGCUCAAAGGGGAAGUGGGCAGGUUUGGAAAGACUGAGUACACUGAUAUUGUGGGGCUUUUUGCGAUGCCCGACGGAAAGAUUCUAUCGGGUUGUUCAUGGGGUAAUAUUCUGUUGUGGGAUGAUGGUCUUAUAACCCUGGAAAUCAUGAGAUCGCAAAGGAAGAGAUGUCACGAUGCACCCAUAGUGCAAAUGUAUUACAACGGGGAAGAGUUGUUCACUGUUUCGAUGGAUGGGCACAUAAAGGUGUGGUGGUGGGAAAAAAUAGAUAACGCAGACCCUCCGGACGAUGAUAGAGUUAUCCAGGUGGAGCCCAACUAUGAUUUUUACGAACCAGUCUCAAUUCCAAGGAGUCAUUAUAUUCCUACAGGAUCUUCUUCUUUUUCCCCCUAUAGAAUCGCAGAUAAACUAAAGUCCCAUUACCUUUUCAUUCUAGACCUACACUCACAGGCAAAAUAA